AGCAUUACCUUUCCUGUCUCUAAAUAAAAAAGUGAAAAAAAUAGGCUUCAGUGCUUCUUGCACGAAGCCCUACAUCGAUCAAACUAGAGGCAGAACUGAACUCUAAAACGUCCUCACAAUUAUGAACUUCACACUCACUGUCACAGCAAUUUAACAGCCAUUUUGAAUUCAUCUAUCAAAAACCCUAGGAAGAACCGAAAAAUCAAUUUGAAAUUCCCUGGAGUAAAGAUGCCUCAGGUGAGAAUCAUUGCGAAGAAUUUCAUGGACAUGGUGGCGUCUCUGCCCACCAUGAAACUCGACAAGCUCUACACUAAUCCCUUCAUUUGCCAAGCCAUUCUCAGGUCAUUACCGCCAUUGGCGAAGAAGUAUGUGCUGGAAAUGCUGUAUAUAGAUGGUCCAGUAUCGGCGAAGAUGCUCGAGGAGUGGGUGCUUACUGAUGGAUCCUCCAAGCACAGAGUCGCUGUUGAUCGCUUGAUUCAGUUGAGAAUUUUUUCUGAAACAGUUGAUAGGAAAAAGGAAAGCAGUUACAAAUUAAAUACAACAUUUCAGAUUAACCUCCGGAAGCAUUUGACAGAUCGUGAAGUUUUGCCGAGGGAACCAAUGCCUCCGAAUAUUGUUGCAAGACUCUCAAGCUCGGAGGAACUUGAGGCGUAUGCCCUUGGACAAUGGGAGUGUUUCUUGCUGCAACUUAUAAACUCAACCCAAGCAGAAAAACCAACUAACUUCAGCUCUUCUAUGAUGAAAAUUUUCCAGAGGGGUCUUUUGAGUCAAAGGGAUAAAGAAGCUCCGCGAUUAACUGAGAGUGGUUUCCAGUUUUUGCUGAUGGAUACAAAUGCUCAAUUGUGGUACAUCAUCAGAGAAUAUAUUUCUAACUCUGAGGAACGUGAUAUAGAUUCAGCAGAUCUGAUUUCCUUUCUGCUAGAGCUAAGUUUUCAUAUUACUGGCGAGGCAUAUAAUAUGAAUACAUUGACUGAGAUCGAGAGGCAUAUGAUAAAGGAUCUUGCAGACUUGGGACUGGUUAAACUUCAGCAGGGCAGGAAAGAGAGUUGGUUUAUACCUACUAAACUAGCUACCAAUCUUUCAGUGAGCUUGACAGAUUCAUCAUCUAGGAAACAGGGAUUUGUUGUGGUGGAAACAAACUUUAGAAUGUAUGCUUAUUCAACAUCUAAGCUGCAUUGUGAAAUUCUGCGUCUUUUCUCAAGGGUUGAGUAUCAACUUCCAAACCUUAUUGUUGGAGCAAUAACAAAAGAAAGCUUGUAUAAUGCUUUUGAAAAUGGCAUCACAGCAGAGCAGAUAAUUUCUUUUCUUCAGCAGAAUGCUCACCCUCGUGUUGCAGAGAGAAUACCUACUGUUCCUGAAAAUGUCACAGAUCAGAUAAGACUCUGGGAAUCAGAUCUAAACAGGGUUGAGAUGACCCCAGCACAUUUCUAUGAUGAAUUCCCCUCUAGGGACGUCUUCGAGGCUGCUUGUGACUUUGCUCGAGAGUGGAGUGGUUUACUCUGGGAGGAUUCGAAGAAAAUGCGCAUGGUAGUAAAGGCAGAGAUUCACAUGCAAAUGAGAGAGUUUCUUCGUGGACAAAAGUAGGAGGCCAAGUGUCAAUAUGUGAACUGAUCCACGAGUUUAUGCACAUGAAAAUUUUUCCGUCAUCCUCCUCCCCAACAUGAGAAAAUGUAUUAGCAAGAAAGAGAAGAAAAGGAAACGAUUGACACAAACGUUGUACACAUUAUUCUUUUUUGUUUUCCCCAAAGAACAAAAUAACUUAAAAUCUUUUUAUCUAUUUUAUUCAAACUUGAUUCCAAA